AUGCACGGCGUUGGCGAAUAUUUCUGGCGAUAUAUUGAUCGCGAAGGUGCUUUUGUGUCCUACGAGGGUCACUUCUACUGCAAUCAAAUGCAUGGUUAUGGAACUAUGUCAUACGCUGACGGCCGAGUGUUUGAAGGCUUGUUUCACUCUAACUUGCGAUGGGGGCCAGGAGUAGAGAGCCAUAUAAGCGUUCGCGAAAAUGUAGGUCUCUGGCUCGGCAAUCAGUUAAUAAGACUGUGUUGGAGACCAUCAACUCAUGGUUUAUUUCUGGAUUUUAUGGCCACCAGUACAGGACGAGCAUGUGUAGAAGCGGAAAGAGCUUUAAUGACUUCAUAUACUGAGCCUAUCAACAAGAAUACCGUAAUGGAGCUUUUGGUUGAGUACGGCUUAGAUCAGCAAUCGGCAGAAGAGAAAUGGAUGAAACUUCACCCAAAACACUGUUCGGAUGUCUCAAGUCCUGUAUUUCCCCUACAAUUAUUUGAAGAUUACUAUUACGGAUCUGAGAAUAAAAAUAUUUUACAAGAAAUUAAAAAGUGUGGUGAUCAGACUGAGAUAAUACACUUUCUAGUGGAGGCUGGCGCUGGUAUAGACAAUUAUAAUGAUUCGUGCUGCACUGCUCUCGGCGUUGCUCUGAUACGGUUUAUUUGCGCCCGUAAAAACAUUUCAGCCAACGAUAUGACACAAGCAUCAUUAGAAACGGUGUCCGAAUGGAAUUUGGUGAGAGAUGUGUCUUCUAAAAACGUUCUAAUGAAAAAUUCUAGUAAAAUUAUAAAAUCAAUGAGCUCCAGAAAAUUAAAGUCCUUGACGUCCCUCAAAGACAUUCCACCACCUAAAAUGGAUUCUGACAUUUUUGAAAAACUGGAACAAGAUUCCAUAAGCGAAAAAGAGAACAUAAACAAAAGCAUUGAAUUGUUCAUUGAAAUCAAUAAUAAGUAUGAGACAAAGACAGCUGAACUUUAUUCAGCAAAAAGCACUAGAAAUCCUAUUUCAUACAUUUUUGAAGUUCAAAACAUAACUAAUGAGUUUGAAAGCAUUGUUGAAGAGCCAAAGAAAAAUUCAGACAAAAACCCUAAGAGAGUUAAUUCGAAAGCUAUAAAGGAAAGUGUUAAGCCAACGAACGGGAUAAAGCGUCAAAGCAAUGAGUACACAGAAUCAAAAAAUUAUACCAACAGUUGCGAGCAAAUAAUGUUGACUAUAACGCAAUUACUAUCGGUUGGAGCAGAUCCUCGUCUUGUGAGAUGCCCACAACCUGCUUUGUUUAUGGCAAUAGCCUCAGGCUGUUCCAAUUUGGUACAGCAUUUGAUUGAUCAUGGUGUGAACGUAAAUGAAAUUUGUUUUCAUUUAACAAAUUUAUUACGUUGUGGCGCUGACCCUUUAAAAGCUUCACAAAACGACGAAACACAGUUUGAAAACAUUUUCGUAUUCGCAAAGAAGACGCUUGAUGAGUUAGAACAUUUGGAAAUUAAACAAAAUAGUCCAUCUGGCAGUAAUAAAGAAAACAAAGUUAAAAAGAAUGGUAAAAACGUUGAUGACAAAGUUGCUAAGCAGAAAACACUUGUUAGUGACAUCGAAGACUAUAAACAAACUGUGGAGCUUAUGACUGAUUGGGCACGGCUUUUACAUAUUCGAUGGUUGCGAGCGAAAUUUGUAAAGGAAUCAAUCAAAACUAUCAUCAAAUUUUUGGCAACGGGAAACGAUUUUAUAACAUUGGCGGAAGAUUUAGAGAUAUUAGAGAAUUAG